ACAUAACGCCUGCGUUCAGCAGUGCUGAACGUGCAUAUGGGGAGAAUGCCAAAAACACAAGACUUUUAGGCUGAUUAUCAGCAGCAACCGUACUCCAUGCAGGUGGAGCAUCUUUUGGGAUUUGAGGUAUCUCGUAGAUUCAGAGAAACUGAGCAGAAUAUAUUUUUGCCAUGAAAACUUAGCGCAGAAUUCUGACACAUUCGCAUGUGGAAUACAAAACAAAAUAUGACUAGGGGAGUAGCCUUUUUGUGGUAGAGGAACGAGAAUCUCGCGAGAGAUAAUAUUGCUACACAGCGUGGUUUUGCUUUGGCAACGCGAGAUCAAGCUGAGCGUGUAGGCUACUGCUACAUCAGAUACUACUGGCGUAGUUCUGGAGUAAACUCAACUAUCACUCUGUGAAAGUAAACCCGUAUAAGGCCUUGGAUCGAUGGAAGAACCUAUGGACCAAGAUACGUCUAAAGGGCGCUCGCCUCUGGAACAGGACUUGACUUGUUCCGUCUGCCUCGACCUCUAUCGGGACCCUGUGCUUUUAACUUGCAGUCAUAGCUUCUGCAGCGAGUGUCUGAAGAAUGCCUGGAAGUCCAAUCUGAAGAAGUGUCCCUUAUGCAAGGCUGCCUUCGAGGGAGAGCAGCCGACCCCCAACCGUGCGCUCAAUGACACCUGCGAGUCUUUCCGUAGGGAGAAACAAUGGCAGAAUAGACAAAAUCCUGCUCAGCAGAGUAUUUGCCGCAUGCACGGAGAUGUAUUUCAGAUCUACUGUAUGAAAGACCAAGAACUGCUGUGUCCUAAAUGUGUGACACAGCACCCGUAUCACGAGAUUGUCCCCCUACAAGACGGAUUGACCUACUGCAAGGAACAACUUGACUUCAAAAUAAAGAUUUUGGAGAAAAAAUGGAGAUUGUACAAGAACAACACAAAAAGUUUCACCAAUACAAAGGAGUUUAUCGAGCACCAGGCCGGGCAGGCUGCAGAGAGCAUCAAGGCUGAGUUUCAGAGGCUCCACAAAGCACUGGAUGCAGAGCAGGAGGCCCGCCUGCAGGCCCUUGCAGCUGAGGAGCGGGAGAAGACCGGCACCAUGGUGGCCAUGGUGGCGCAGGCCAAUGAGGGCAUCGCCUCUCUGACCCCAAUCAUACAGAAUCUUAAGAGGGAGAUGGGGGACGAAGACGUCACCUUCAUGCAGAAAUUUCCACUCUUGAAGGACAGUGCCCAGUGGCCUCAUGAAGACCUCCAGCAUCCUCCAGGAGCUCUGCUGGACAUGGGAAAGCAUGUGGGCUCCCUAGGCUUCAACAUCUGGAAAAAUAUGCAGGCCCAUGUCAAAUACAACCCCGUGGUGCUGGACCCGAACACAGCCUCACCCUGGCUGGACCUGGCUCCCGACCUGACCAGCAUGAAAGAAAGCCAGCAGCGUCAGGAGGUCCCGGACAACCCGGAGCGCUUCGAUCCCUGCGUGUUCCUCAUGGGAGCCGAGGGCUUCUCCAAAGGCAAGCACCGGUGGGACGUCGUCGUCGGGGACAACCCAAAGUGGAUGGUGGGCGUUUGCGCUGAGUCACUGGCCCGCAAGAAGAGGUUCACUGUGUCCCCCAAGCGCGGCGUGUGGAGCAUCGCCCUCAGCAAGGGGGUGCUGACCGCACUCACAGUCGAGCCCACAAAGAUCGAGGUGCUGACUCGCUUGGAGAAGGUGCGUGUCAAGCUGGACAUGGAUAAAGGAGAGGUGUCGUUUUGGGAUGGCGGAACGCUGACUCACCUCUGCACCUUUAAUCACAAGUUCGACGAGAAGAUGUUCCCACUCUUCGGCCCGGGACUACAAAGUACACCAAUGGCCCUGGCUCCUGGAAAGAUGGUUCUGCACACCUCUUGACAUUCCCAAUGAGGCCACCCAUGCUAAGAAUGUAUGCACUCUCUAUUCCAGUGUUUGUUUUUAUUAUUGUAUAUUGUUUUAUUCUUUUUUUUCUUAAUUUUAUUUGUGGGAAUAUUUUCAAAUUCAAAUAAAUACCUAGUAUUUAUAGUUUACCCAUCACAUGUAAUCAUCACUCUACAUAUUCUGUGUACUUAUUGAGACCUUAUAUAAGUGCUAAUUGAAGUGUGGUAACUUUCUUUAGAAUGUACCUAAACACAACUGAUUAAAUAUGAUAAAUGCAUACAUUUAAUUUGCUGGUUUGUAGCAUCUUAAAUUCAGGUUGUCAUUUGUAUCAGCCAUAUUAAUUUGAUGUCAAAAGUUAUGUUAACUUAACAAUUAUUUACAAUAAAGACAACUUAUAUGGAGAA